AUGGGGUAUAAAGGACAGAGUGCAGAAACUAGUGCUGUGGCUCACACUACUUCAUCCAGCUGUUAUAAAAUGCAGGCCAUUCCUAUUCUCCUUUUGGUUGGCUUAACCUAUGUCUCCCCAGUCUCUGGUAAAAGAGAAAUCAGCGCUAAUGGCACUUUCUCAAACAGAAAGUAUUACAGCUCAAUAAAUGUCAGUAAUGGAGGACCUUGGGGCACUUGGACAUGGAUUGAUAUGUGCCCAGAACAUUUCUAUGCUAUGGGAUAUAGUGUAAAGAUGGAGGAGUAUGGAGGAGCUAGUGAUGACACUGCACUAAAUGGGAUCCGUUUAUUUUGCAUAAAAAUCAACAAUACGAGUAGUGCUGUCUAUACCGUUGAAUCUGAUUCUGGAAAGUUUGGGCAAUGGUCGGGAAUCACUUGGUGUCCAACAGGGUUCCUAACAGCCUUUCAGCUGAAAGUUGAAGUUCCACAAGGAAUUUUAGACGAUACAGCCGCUAACAGUAUCAAAUUCCGCUGUAGCAGUGGUGCUAUCAUAGAAGGAACAGGCGGUAGCUUUGGUGAUUAUGGUGGAUGGAGUAAUGCCUGCACAAGAGGUGGAAUUUGUGGCAUUGAAACUAAACAGGACCCAUACCAUAAUGCUUUUAUUGAUGACACAGCGCUCAAUGAUGUUCGUUUCUUCUGUUGUGACUGA